AUGGAGGCGGAGCCGGAGAUUGCGGCGGUGGCGAAGGUGGCGAGGGCAAUGACGCUUCGCCGCCACCAUUCCAUGUCGGACUUGACCUUGGAAUCGGUGCCGGAGGUGGCGGAGAUUAUAGAGGACGAGGUUCAGGAUGAGGCGGAGUCGGAAGCCAUAGCGGAGCUGCGGAAGCUUCUAGAAGAGAGAAAAACUCUGGCUGAGGUUCUAGAGAGAGAAAGGAAGGCGUUGAAGCAAGAGAACGCGCGGAGUGAGAUGAAGGCGAGGGAGCUGGAGCGGAAGCUCAUAGUCACAGAGAUAAAUGAGAUCAAAGAGAGAAGCAAGAGAUUUAGGGUUGAACAAUCGCUGAUGGAGAAAAUCGAUGAGAAAUUGGGGGAAAUUGGGAUCCUAACGGAGAAGAUCGAGAAAUUGGAGAAGGCGUUGAGGAAUUGCGAGGAGAGAGCAAGGUGCAUGGAGUGGGUUGCGAUUGGUUUGAGAGAGAGGGUUAGGGAGGCAGAGAGAGUGAUAGGAGUGGCAGGGCUCGAUGGCCGCAGAGGUUCUCGAUGUGGCGGCGAAGAGGAGGAGUUGGAGUUGCCGCCGUGGCCGGUGGUGGUGAAGGGAUUAGGGUUAGCAGGAGCUAUUAGUGCUGCUGUGGCUGCUAUGAUCUAUUUUUGGUUUGGAAGACACAAAUCUAGAAGAUGA